AUGCUGACGCAUGCGCAAGGAAUGUGCUUUUACAAUCAGAAACGAUUCGCGUGCGGCGACUGGAAUUGGACCAAUUUUGCCCACCAGUGCAACUAUGAGUACCGCACUGGUGAAACAUGCGGUAUCAAACUUGUGAACAAAACAGAGUUUGAGACGAAGCAAUGCCGGCUCUGCGAGAAAAUCGAAACGAAGUAUCGUCGGCAAAGUCAAGAACUGGAACGAUUGGACCGCUGGAAGCGCGAAGGAGGUAGCCUGGUGGCGACCAUGAAUCGGUCACAGAAGCUAGUCUGUGAUCUUGAAAGGGAGAUCUACCAGCUCAAAACCGAGCGAGAUUGCAAGAGAAACGCCCUGUGCUGA